UUCCGAAAUUGUCGCUAGUUUUAUAUAACACGAUCAUUAACGUAGAUAAAUAUAAUGGAUUUAAAUUCAAACUGUCGAUCGCCGAGGGAGGAAGGGGAGCUCGAAGACGGGGAAAUAUGCGACGAUGAAACGGAUGAAAAACAGCUCUCUGAGCAGGGUAUGAGGCCUAGCAGUACGAAUACUGGCUCCUCCAUAAGAUGUUCACGGAAACCGAAAUCAGCACCUCGAAAUCAAAUUCCUAUUAUGGGUCCGGCUCAAGACUUUCGUGCCAUGAUGCCGUUUAAUCGCGCAACUCCCUUGCACGGUCCGUUUCCCCCUUGUCAUAGGCAACAGAUUGGACCCAGUGGACCGGACCGAUUACAGUCAGGGCAGAGUUGUGACCCGAGUCCUCGAUCAAGCUUCUGGGAACGCAGUCACAACACCCUCGGUAGAUUCAAGUAUCGAGGGAAAUCAAACGAGGGACGAGGGGACUGGGGGAGAGGAGGUGGGGUAGGGCGAGAGAAUGGAAGGCCUCCCCAGGGUCGUUUCUUAUUUGGAGAUAAUCAUGCUAAUAGAAAUGACUCUCCCACGAGAAAACAGAAGCUGUUUGGCAGAGCUCAGGGAAGAAAACCGGUACACAGUGUAGCUAAACCUGAAAACGGAGAAGAUGAGAGCUUCGAGAUGUUGCUCAUGAAAUACAAGCAAAUUCAGCUUGAACUGGAAUGUAUCCGCAAAGAAGAGAAGAUGGCACUGGAGCCGAGCGACGAGUCGCCUCAGACGGAGGCCGCCGUGAGUAUUACCACAUUAGAACCGUCAACAGAGACGGGCAGUAUUCAGAAUGAGGCAGCUACAGCGGAGCCUCUGUGUCCUGAGAAGGCGGAGAAAAAAGUCUUUCAGGCUUUCAACCUCAAACCUUUGAGGCAGAAACUCUUGAGGCCUGCCGAAAUGGACGCCCUCAAUGCCAAAACUGACAAGGAGCCUCAGGAAAAGGAGGGCGAGAAAAAAGAGAACGAAAUGGAUCCAGAAGAAGAGUUAAAAAAGGACAAAGAAGUGGAGGAUGAUGAAGAAGAGUCCGAAUCUGACAUGAAUAUAUCCUGUGUGAGCAAAGAAUCGGAUGGCACUCCCCUAAAGGUCAAUGGAAAGGAUGACGACGAUGAACUUUCGGAGCUACAGCUGCGUCUCCUGGCCCUGCAGUCCGCCAGUCGGAAAUGGCAGCAGAAGGAGCAGCAGGUGAUGAAGGAGAGUAAAGAGAAAAUCACCAAGGCCAAAGCCUCCCAGGAAAAAAGCAGCACUCCUCCAGAGAGAGCCAAAAUGACCACCAGGUCCGCGGCAGCUGAGAGGGCGAGAGCUGGAUUGACCAGCAAGCCUCAGGGAAGGGGCAAAGCCGCUGCCAAGCUCGGGCCAAAAACUCACCCCGGGAAAAAAACUGCAAGCCCAGGGUCGGCGGGUAAGCAGGCGUGGCGGAAGCAGCAGGUGCACACGUGGAAGCUGCAGCAUCAGAGGGAGCAGGAGGAGCAGCGACGCAGGCUAGAGGAAGAGGAGGAGAGGAGAAAGAGGGAGGACGAGAUCCGCAAAAUCCGCGACCUGUCCAAUCAGGAUGAGCAAUACAACCGUUUCAUGAAACUGGUGGGCGGCAACAAACACCGCUCCCGCAGCAAGUCUGCAGAUAUAGACCACAGGAAGUCCCUGAGCAAACAGGGAGUUGAUAACUCAGGGAACCUUUACCAGUAUGAUAACUAUGAUGAAGUUGCCAUGGAAACAGACAGUGAAACCAACUCACCAGCGGCCUCUCCUGCACAUGAUCCUUUCUCCACUGAUGCAUCAGCAUAUAUCAUUCACGCUCCGGCAUUUUCUAUGGACGUGUCUCCUCUCACAGUGCAGUACCUGGACCCUCUCACCCUCGCCCGAGCAGCACCUCUUCCUCCGCUGCCACCUUUGCCUCCGCCCGAUGAACCCGAGCAGCCUCCCAAACCCCCCUUUGCUGAUGAGGAAGAAGAGGAGGAGAUGCUGUUGAGGGAGGAGCUGCUGAAGUCACUGGCCAAUAAGAGAGCACUCAGAACUGAGGACACGUCCAAUAACAGUGGACCUCCUUCUCCUGCUGUGAAAGCUGCCGUUAAAGUGCUACCGAGGAGCAACCUCACCGCCGUCAACCUCAACACGGUGGUCCCCCAAACACGGGUCCCCAACAAAUUCACACGUGGGCCCCCUGCACCUAGACCACCGCUGAUGUUGCCCAAGCACAAAGCUGUGGUCGUGCGUCUGAAUGCUUCUGACGACAGCGACUCAGACGGAGAGGCCUCCUGCUCCAUUCAGAAUGUGUUCGGAGGGCUGGAAUCCAUGAUCAAAGAAGCCCGGAGAACAGCCGAGGCAGCCAAACCCAAAGGAUCCAUAUCAGAAAAAGAGAACAACCCCAUCAAGACUCCAGAUACCCUCCCCGACGAGAAGAAGUUUGAAUAUCGUCUGCUCAAAGAGGAAAUAGCUAGUCGGGAGAAACAGAAGGUCCUGAAGUUGAGCCCGGUGGUGGGCGUCCUCUCUCCAAUUGGCUCCGACACUGAGGUGGAUGCGGCAGCUGGUAGAGCUGCCAGUCUACAGUUGGCAGAGGCAGAAGACAAACUAAUCAAACACAAAGCGCAUCUCCAGAAAGAUGAACAGCUGCUGAAGCACCUCCUCCAGCAGGAGGUGAAGAAGAAGGAGUCGUUAAAAGCUGCUGAGGCUAAAGUGGCAAAGCUCAAAGAACAAUUGUUGGCCUCAGAGAAGAUUGUCAACGCCAACAAACUACUGCUGAAGAAACUUCAGGAACAGGUCCACCGUGUUCAGCAUCGUGUGGCUUUGAAAAAGAACCAGGCUCUGCGACUGGAGCGAGAUUUGGCCCAGGUCCAGGCAAACACAGGCGGCCACAAACGGAAGAACGCUUCUUCUCUUCUCUCGCCUAGUAAACUGCUAAGAGUUGAGGGUUCGCCCAGAGUGGGCUCUGAACGCCACUAUGCUGAGCUCAUCGCCCAGAAAAAACGCCUGCAGCAGCUGGAGUCCGAAUACGCGCUCAAGAUCCAGAAACUGAAGGAGGCCCAGGCUCUCCGUCAGGCCGAACCCCGCCAAGCCGCGCCCCAGCCCCCCUCCCGUUCCUUCCCCCUGUCCCAGCCCUCUCUACACGACCUGACUCAGGACAAGCUGACCCUGGCCAGCGAGGACACCGAGGCUGAGGAGGAAGAGCUCUUCCCGGCCGCCGGCGCCGCCGUCGCUGCGACCGGGUCCGGUAGCCGCCGCCGGUCAUUCCGAGAGUCGGGAUCCUUCACCAAGCCAAAGCUUGGACAUUCGGACCAAGCUCCCGCUGCGCCAGUCCCCUCCGCUCUGGCCAAAGAGGGUCCAGGUAAACCCACCCAAGGGGAUGCCCCUGCAGCCUGCCUCCCAGAGCUACUCCUGGGGCUGAAUGUGGAAGACCUGAAGAGAAGGUACCAGCAGCCCACAAAUCUGGGGAAGCUCCUAGAGGAUGAAUUACGCACACUACAGGGAGCCUUAGAAACCAUGCCCCCUAGUGGAAAGGUUUUCCAAGUGGAUUUUGACCCGAUGGCAGUUCCACAGAACCGUGGAGAUCUAAAACCAGUUUCCUUUGGACCAUAUCGCAGUCCGUUGUUAGUUUUCAAAUCUUACAGAUUCAGCCCUUACUUCCGGACCAAGGAGAAGUUAUCACUGAGCUCCGUCUCCUUUAGCAACGUCAUUGACGCACAAAAGUGUUUUUGUCGUUUUGACCUGACGGGCACGUGCAAUGAUGACGACUGUAAAUGGCAGCACAUGAGAAAUUGCACUUUCAGUGGAAACCAGUUAUUUCAGGACAUCCUGUCCUAUAGUCUUCCUCUUAUCGGCUGCUCAGAGAACAGCUCCACCAAUGAGAUCAGUCGUGCUACAGAAAAAUACCUCAAAAAGCUGUUUGGAGCCAACAAGGACCGGAUGGGAAUGGACCAAAAGGCUGUUCUGCUUGUCAGCAAAGUGAAUGAGAGCUUAAACCAUAUCCCCCCCUACACCACAUAUAAGGAGAAACGAAAAUGGAGACCUGAACCUCAGAAGCCUAAAGUAAAGAGUGGAGUGGACAACGAGGAGGACGCGGAGGACAGCCUUACCCCCGUCCAAUACGACGAGCGCUGCUCGGUGAGUUGGGCUGCGUUGGACACGUGUGUGACUCAGGACGAUAAACGCUACUUUGACAGCGAAACAGACGACAUCUCCAACCUGGAGAGCAGCGUGCUGGAGAGCCCUCGAGAUGUGCAGCUGUGGAUCAAACUGGCCUUCAAAUACCUCAGUCAGAAAGAAACCACGCCCACUGAGUGUUUAGAUGCUGCCUUAAACACGCUGUCACGCGCGCUUGAGGACAACCAGGACCACCCGGAAGUCUGGUGUCACUACCUCAGUCUGUUCUCCCGACGUGGCACCAGGGAGGAGGUGGAGGAGAUGUGUGAUAUGGCUGUGGACCAUGCACCGGACUACGAAGUUUGGUGGACCUACUUGAACAUCGAGAGCACGUUUGAGCGGAAGGAGAGCGUGUGUGAGCGUCUGCUGCAGUACCUGGUGGGAGAGGCGGAGAGGACUGAUCCUGAGCUCCAUUCCUUUCGGCUGCUGGAGUCUCUGCUGUACCGCGUGCAGCUGAAUCUCUUCACGGGCAGGAAACAGAAAGCCCUGGUCAUACUGGAGGAUGCCUUGAGGUCUAGCAGUAAGAGGAGGGUAGUGGAUCUGCUGAGAGUGUCAGACCGCUGCCUGGCCUGGCUGUGCUACAUCCACGUGACGGAAUUUGGCAGCCUCCCCUCCGCGCUGUACGACCCAGCCAACUCUAACCCCUCUAGGAUUGUCUGCACUGAACCUUUCCUUUUCCCCUGGCACUCGUCCCAAGACAUCCGCACCUCGCCGGAUCAGCUCAUGGCCUUGUUCGAGGAUGCAGUCCAGCACUGUACCGAUGGGAGUCUGACCCUGAGGGAGAGAACUCUGGCCUGUCUCCCUCUUCACAGAAACCUCAUCAAGCUACAUCAGGCGCUGGGAAAACAGCAGGAAGCUGUGACGCUUUGUGAGACGUUGCUGAGGACAGCUCCUUGUCCCUGCCUCCUGCUGGAAACUCUCAGUGACCUGCACAUGAGCAGUGGAGAUGUGGACAAAGCCGCUGCCGUGUGGCUCCACGCCUUCUCUCAGAACACGCAAGACGCUCAAAUAUUUUACCAGCUCUGCAAGUGCCUUGUGGCUCAGGACAAGUCUGGGACCAUGGAACCGCUGUUUCACAAGUUUAUGACGUCUUUCUGCGAGACCGCAGAGAGUGAGCAGUGUCCCAUUAACGUUCUUCGCCACAUCCUGGGAAUCGACUCGCAGGACCUGCAAGGAGUACCGCGAAUCAAAGAGGAACUGGCCAGUCAACUUUGCAAUCAGCUGCCGUAUUUGAACCUCGUCUACUGCCUUUGGCAGUCUGUUCACGGCAGUGUUGGGGAAGCAGUGGAUGCCUUUGAAAGGGCUUUGGGCACAAUUAUGAAACUGGAGAUUGUACAUCAACUCUGGCUUGAUUAUCUGCUCUUUACUCGUGGUAAGAUCGUUGGGCCGCAGCCCGGUGGCCGAGAGCUGAAAGUGUUUACAGAUCUGGUCCAGAGGUGUCUGCUCACUGUGCCAACCCGACUGACCAGGCCCUUCAGCACCUCCCAGUACUGGAGCAGCUUCAGAUUCCACAACAAGGUCAUAUCCUUCUAUUUGGGCUGUCUCCCUCAAUCCCAGCAUUCCCUUGUCCUGGAAAGACUCAGAUACCUCAUGUCCACCAAUACUGAACUGGCCAUAAGGUUGCUGCAGCUGGAGUGGAGGGAUGGCAAUAUUGAGCAUCUUAAGUUGCAAAUCAAAAUGUUGAGCAGUAGCGUCCCACACGCUCUGGCCAUCUGGGAAAUAGCUAUUGCUGUUGAGAGGGAACAAAAGGGAAGAACUGAGGUCCAGCGGCUUUAUCAACAAGCCCUCCAAAAGCUGCCCUUGUGUGCCACUCUAUGGAAAGAUUGUCUGCUGUUUGAGGCCGCUGAAGGAGGUAAAACUGAUACACUGAAAAAACUUGUUGACAAGUGCCAAGAGGUGGGAGUGAGUCUAAGUGAACCUCUAAGUUUAGGCCCCUGCAAAACAGAAGGAAAGGAUCACUGAGCUCCUAAACCCCCCUCCAUCCCCCACCCCACCCCCUAAAAGAGAUUAAAUACCUCCAAUUUGACCUCUCUCCUACCCCUUACAACCCCCCCCCCCCUCAACAAUACGUAUCUGCUAGCUUAGCGUGCAGGAGGCUAACUUACUUGGCCAGUUCUCAGACCUCCCGAUGCAGUGUCUCCACCAGGGAGGAGGCAGAGAGAGGGAGGGAGAGAGAGAGAGAAAGAGGGAGAAAAAGUGGACGGUAGUCCUUGAAGACUAUGAACUCCAGACAGUCCAGUAUCUGGGCCUCUUAAAUCACCUUGCAUCAUGUACGUAAGUAUGGAUUUGACGAAUGACAGCAUAUUACUAUUUCCUCUUUUUAUUUUUUUUAUGUUACCUUUUUUCGUUUUGUUGCGUCACUUUUUAUUUAAUGUCUUUUUUUUUUUUUAAUCGUUUUCGUUCACUCGUGGGGGGUUGAGUUGAUGGACUAAGACAUCCCUCUCGAUGUUGACACCAACAGUGUUUUUUAAGAAGACAGUGUUUCCUCCACCUUUUCCCUCAUCCCUUCUUUCUAGCGAUGCAUUUGUCUUUUUUCUCCUUUCCUGUGUAUUCAAGGAAGAGAUUGACUCCUCAAAAAAAAAAGAUUUUUUUCGACAUCUCUCAAGUGCUUAUAAAAAACCAAGAGGAAAAAAAUGUCUUUGCCAUGGGGAAAAACAAAGCAUGGCUGUUACCUGGAAGUAUUUUAUUUGGGUUAUCAGUGUCCACUGUGGUUUUUUUGGGUGUUUUUUUUUUUUUGAGACUGCUGCAAAGACUGGUUAAAGUCAGUGCUCGUCCUGGUCUGAGGUUCCAGAAAUGGCACUCACAACACAUCCUUUAGUCGAGGAAUGGUUCCAAUAAGUAGAUAAAUGU